AUGUCAGGACUGGCUAUAUUCCAUGAAUUGUCCGUGGCCUAUGAGCUGCUGUCCGAUCCAAAAGCGCGUGCUGCAUACGAUGCGGUCAUUGCAGCUCGGAAGGCAAAAGAAUUGAAGGAUUCCAAAUUGGACCAGAAACGGAAGAAGAUGAAGAUGGACCUGGAAGAAAGAGAGGCAAGAGCAAAACUACUCAAGCAGCAAAAGGCUGGAGUCUUUGUGUUUGGCACUCCAUCUUCCAGUGCCUCUGUUUCCGAAGCGGAUGCUCAGAAAGCGCUCGAGAUCGAGAUACGUCGCUUGAGAGCUGAGGGAUCGAAUAAACUCAGACAGGCACAAGAAGAUUUGUUGCGCUCGAACAGUACCGAGGGGCUGAAGAAUGGCAAUUCAGAGGGACCCAAUGAUGCUGGAGCUGCGCGUACAUCAAGUGCUAGCCCACUUCCAACGGCUGAACACAGGGCAAACUCCGGCCCUGCCACAGCUCGAGCCAACACUAUCAGAGCCAAGUGGAGCAAGAAAAUCGAUCGCGAAGUAUCUAUAAAUGAAACUCUAGUUAAGGAGACAUUCAAGUGCUUUGGUAUGCUGAGCAAUGUAGGCUUGUUGAAGCACAAGCGCGUUGCAGUCUUGGAGUUCUCAACUGCUGAUGCGGCCCAGCGGGUAGCACAGGCCGAUAGUUCGGAGACCAAACCCUUUGUAUGCAAUGCAUUCGGCACAACAGGAAGUCUGGGUGUAAACGUGGGCGCUAACGACAAGGAAAAGACCACGGGUGUGGAUAGCGUAGCUGGUCUAGCUGGGGUUGCUUUACCAGAGGGCAGAGAGGAAAAAUCGGGACGCUUCAAAACAGUCCCCAACACACAGCCGGCGGCUGAAGUUGACUACGAAGCCUCAGUACUAGCAAGAAUGCGACACGCACAGGAUAUGAAGAUUGCGCAUGCAAAGGCGGGCCCCACUUUCCGACUCACCGAGGCACAGCGAGACCUUGAGAGUCCGGCAGCCCGCAUAGCUCGGCAGGAAGACGAGAGGAAACGGCUGAUAGCGGAGAUGCUAGCCGAAGAUGGCGACGAGCCCUGAUAAGAUAUGCAAGCGGUAUAUUUACACGGUCAGGAAGACAAAAAUCCUAGUAAUAUGUACCUUAACGAUUUGCAGACAUUCUCGGAAGCCAAUGAGGUGACCUCUGCAUCGGUAUACAGGCUGAUGAAAGAUUUCUUUAUAUUCCAUUUCUAUUGGCGAGUGUUUCCCAACCCACAACACCAGCCCUUAGCGGCCGAGGCACUGAAGUUCUCAAGGCAUAAAACAGGCACAUAUACCGCAUGAUAGUAUUGCGCCAACCGGAUUUCGGUCGAACGUUAGCCCUUGGACUGCAUCCCGAUAAGAGGUCCGCCCACACUUGUGCAGCACAUCUGUGCUCUCAAAGGACCUCACAGAAAUAUCUCGACCCCAUAUGGUGAGCCUAUAUGCUACGUCAACAUGUAUCUCACCGAGUUGGCGAUGCCAUAUAUUGGCGCUAACUGAGUUGCCACUGCCAUCUCUGACCUUUGAGCGUCAAUGCUACCUGAACCAGCCUGUCAUCUACAAACGUGGAGCAUAACCCACGUUUAUGUACGAUGCGUGGGGUUCAACUGUAUGAGCAACCACUGCAACUACUGCGAUUGUAGCUUUAUGGUUCAACAAGCGUCGCCGGUUGUCGUACAAUACAGAUGCUCUUGAUACCUUGACCGAGGGUCUCACAAGGACAU